AUGGAUGGAGGCCCUGUUGUCCGCAAACAGACCCCGGGCAUCCAAUGUAGAAAGAAAGUCAAAACCGGUUGUGUGACUUGCAGAAUAAGAAGGGUUAAAUGCGAUGAGUCCAAGCCCUUCUGCCAGAAAUGUGUUGACACUGGUCGCACUUGCGACGGCUACGAGUCACCCUUUCGACUCGUUUCUACCAACACAGCCCCUAACAACACUCGCGCUGGCGGUCGUAAAUCAGUUGCCACUCGUUUUCAACCCAUUCAGUCUGUCCUUGAGUUGACUGAGAUUGAGAUUACCCCUCAGGACAUUGACCUCCUGGCUCGUUACUUCUCAACCAAAACCAUGUUCGACGUAAAGUUGGGAUGUAAUGAGGAAGCGAGACAAAUCCUUCAAGCCAGUUUGACCGACGCGCCAAUCCGACAUGCAGUGUCGUCUCUCAAAACUCUUAGAGAACACCUCGAGGCAUCUACAAAUAUUGUUUCGCCAGUCGUGCGGCGGACCCCGAACCACAGUUACGACUACGGUCUCCAACAAUACUGCGUGGCCUUAGGCGGUCUUGCUUCCAGGCUGUCUUCUCUUGGAUCUGGUGGAUUGAGGUCGGCGUUGCUUUGCUGUCAGACCUUCAUCAGCAUCGAGCAGGUGAGGGGAAACUUUGCUGCAAUGGCCCAGCACAUGGUUCAAGGGCUUAGCAUCAUGCGCGAUUACCGACUAAGGCCAAGAUUCGCUGCCAGCGACGCCGCAGUCAAAUUUGAACCCGCCCACUAUAGACAGAUGCCUUUGAUUGAUAUCUUCAUCGUCAAACUCUUCGCUGCGCCAUGCAAGUUUGCUGAUCUACCACCCACGACUACUAGUGGCACGGACGAGACGAUGGCUGCUGUAUUGACAACACCACCUCAAAUACAGCCUCUUGAGUCUAGUAAGCUUCGUCUUCGCACGAUUGCGCCCGAUAUGGCAACUGGGCUUACUAGGAUUGCUGUGACGACGUUGAAAUUCCUCGACAGGGUGUCGGAUGUCGCAUCGGGGACGGACGCUCUUCAAUUACUAUCCGAAAAGGCAAACCUGUUGGAGUCGUUAGAAUCGUGGCAUAUUGGUCUCGAUAUCGAUCUCUCGGAUGCCAAGCCUCAUCAAUCUGAGCCCCUUUCGGUGUCGUUCCUGCGCUUCCACCACCAGAUACUGAAAAUUGUUCUUUUGGGAGCACUUUACUCAUCACCAGGUGAUGAUGCCGAGAUCCAAGCCGGUGUUGACCAAUUGCACCGCAUUGCUGGCUUUGUAGAAGAGGGAUCCAGGGCUUACAGAAUGCGCAACGGGGUUUGA